AUGGAGCGAUUGUAUCCAUUGCCAGAAACGAUCCGACACGCCCUUGUCGAUAUCUUUUGCAGCCCCGACCUUGCAAAGCCAAUCAAGACAAGCAGACCGAACAAAGAUUGCCUUAUCCAUCUUCAUUUGGGAAGGAAGCGGCACGGAUCCUUCCAACGAGCAAGCACCAGAUUCUUUUCCUUGCGCAAUUACAAAAUGCACGUCGACCAAGUCCAAUCACUUGAACUUGAAGCAGAAUCAUAUGCAAGCACCAUGGCAUCCGCACUCGCAGUGCUGCGCUGGAACACCAAAAUUGACGCCAUGGAUAUUGAAUUUGUUCUGAGUAGUACGCCUCUCAAUAGGAAUUCUAUUCGCUGCUCGUUACCUCUCCACGACAUCAAGCAGUUGGAAGCAGGGCCAAGUACUUUCGAACAUACCACAAACAUUUUCCCAAAUUUCCGCAAACGAGCUGUGUGCCUAUAG